AUCUAAAAAUAGAAGAUAUCUCCACAUAAUUCAUCACAAAUAGAAAGCUCCAGCUAGAUCGGAUCGAUUCCCCGGGAAGGAGACGAACAAAGCCAGAGUCUGAAAAUGGUCUGCUUGGCGUGCCUGUUGCCGCUCUUCCUCGUCCCAGUUGUGAACUUCUUGCCGCUUCUCUUCGAUUUCGUCAUGGCGAAGGUUUACAGAAUAUUUGGGAAGGAGUAUCAGAAACCUGCAAGAGUCCCUCCUGCUUGUCCUUAUAAACCUCCUGCCAAUAAAUCCGUUUCUAUGGAACCCUUUCCCGUCGAUCAAGAUACUAUCAAUGGAGAUGAUCAUGGCAAGAAGGCGUAAGUGUCGCCUGCAAUUCUUACAAUGUAUUUUGUUUCUGUAAGCUCUUACUUAAUAUGUUUAACACAAAUAAACACUGUUGCUGGUUAAGAUUACUCUCCUUUUUUUGUACAUGGGAGGGAAACUCCAAACCUUUUAUACUGGUUAUGAGUAGGCUUGGAAAAUGGGUCGUUUAUGUCGAUUAUGGAUAUGGUUUACUUGUGGUCAUGUAUCGUUUUGAUCAAUAUAUUUCUGAUCAGGUC